UGGGGGAGGGGCGGAGGGCGCGUGUGACCCUUGAGUUCUGCUUUCUGAGGUUUUCCACGCCUCUGCUGGCUACAUGUGUUUUCCUCGGGCAGUCGCUGUUUUUGCCGAUUCCACGUGGCUGACAUUCUGUGCAACCUAGAACAAAGGUGUACAAAGGUGUUGGAGGGGGAAGAGGCGGGAUCUCGGGAUUUCGAAGGAGUAAGGGGGAGCGGAGCCUCGAAAUGAAUUACCGGGUUGUUUCUGAGAACCACAUGGGUGUGGCCUUAGGAGAAAGCAAGUGGGGCAUUUGCCCUCUGGAGUCAGGAUGACACGGUCCCUCCAAAUACCAGAGUUUGUGUUCGCUCCCUGCAUCAGUUCUGUGAAACGUUACCUCUGGGCUAGUUGGCCCCGGGGUCUCGGACGCCCGUCUCCUGAGUGCCGAGAAGGCCCAGCCCCCGGGCAGCUAGCUCGUGUUCUGUCUCCCAACCACCACCCAGCAAAAAUUCUGUCUGGCGGAGCCUGCUGUCCCUUCAGGCAGCCACCUGGAAUACCGCGGGCUUCACCCGAACUAUUGGCAUGUCGCGAGGGAAGGAUUUUUCUCCUCCAUCCCUGGCGCGCCUUCUCGCAGUUGUCCGAUGUAUUCCUCUUUCAUGUUUUAUCAUUAAAAUCCUCAAGCGUGGCCAGGAACUAGCCAGAAGUUUCACACUUGUAACAUUUUGCCAUGUUUGCUUUUUUUUUUUCCUUAAGAUUGUAUUUAUGUAUUCAUGAGAGACACGGGCAGAGGGGGAACCAGGCUCCCACUGGGGAUCCCAAGACGCCGGGGUCACGCCCUGAGCCUAAGGCAGACGCACAACCGCUCAGCCACCCAGGUGUCCCGUGUUUGCUUUGUGCUUUGUGUGUGUGUGUUGAAAGCACGUUUUGAAUCUCACCCAAUAUCGUUAAUACUUUAUCUCCAAAAUGAUGCUGUCUCCUGUGUGCUUUGUGUUUGUAGAGCCGGAGUCCUCUCCAAAAUGUCUUCCUCUGCUGAUUUGUUCCACAGCGGUUGCAGUAAAGGGUCCCUGGUUGUUGUGUAUCUUCAAGCUGAGGGACCACCCACUACCACUCCCAUCUUGGUGGUUCUCCCAGGAGUCACAGGCCCCCACCGUUCCUGUCCUUGCUCCUGUGGCCACACCCCUCCGGGCUUCCUACAGUUCCCUGCAGGGGACAGCUGUGAUGAUGGCCGAGAGAGCCCUGGCGCCUACCCAGAUAGGGCGGGGGGACCGUUACUACACAUACACCGAGCUCCUGGCCAUCUCGCGGCGCUUCAAGCAGAACCCCAAUGAGCUCAUGAUCACCUGGAUCCUGCGGGUGUAUGACCAGGGAGGCCCAGCCCUGUCCCUGAAUUCUGGAGAGCUGGCCCUGCUGGGUGACCUGACCAGCGAUGCCAUCUUCAACUACCGCUGUAAGACCCUGCGGGGUGGCUGCAAGACGCUGCUCACCUGGCUGCUGCUGGCCUGGCGCCAGCGCUGGGAAUCCUUCCUGCACUUCGAGGCCACCGAGCUGCCCUUCCGCCCCUGGACCACCAUGGAGGAGGGCAUCCAGCUAGUGAGGGAGCUGGGCAUGCUUGACUGGAUCUACCGUGAGCCACCGUCCCCUCCUGCAGCAUAUCAGGGGCCCAGGCCUGCGCCCGAGGAUGUGCCCUUCACACAGGGCCUCCAGCGGCGCCUGCUGACAGCUGCACCCUCUGAGCUGCGGCUCUCACUGGUCAGCCUGCUGGUCAAGGGCAUGACUGUGCUGGAGGCGGUGAUGGAGAUCCAGACCAUCGCCGAUGUGGGCCUGCUCUGGCGCCAGAGCCAGCCAGGCCGAGCCAAGCUCAUGUUGGGGCCCAACCCAACACGCAAAGAUCUCAUGGGCUGGCUGCUGAGCCAUGGCGUGCCCAAGGAGAGGGUGGACAAGCAGCCCACCAAGGUCCUUCUGGAGCUGUAUAUUAAAGAGGCCAAGCGCAGCCGCAGCCACCCUGCCUACAUGCUGGGGGAGGAGCAGCCCCCACCACCACCCUACUCAGACCAGGCCUGUGGGGAGGAACCACCUGUGCCCGUAUGUCAUGACUAGGCCUCCCAGGCCUGGUCUUCCAGAUGGUUCAAUUCCAGGGGAGACACAGUCUGAGCCAGUGCCUCCCAAGCACCCGCAGCAUGGACUGAGGACUGGCCCAUCUGCCUGUUCUCCAGCUUCCCUGGGGCAAACCGCCCCAUUACUGUAUUUGAGGUUCCCAGAAGAAAAGAAUGUUCUUGCCUCCUGGCCACCCUAUAGGUGUCUCCAGCCAGAGCAUUGGAGGCCAGCAAGCUAGCUGGUGGCCCUGGGCUGGGUGCCUUAUUUCCCCAGGGCACAACCUGCUCACCUGCUCUGUUGAGGUCUGGUACAUUUCAAUUUCAGCCUGAUUAAUUGGCACACAGGGUGGGCACCCAGCCCUCUGCCACACGGGCCCCCAAAGCACUACAGGCCAAGUGGGGAGACCCCACAGCCCAUGACAUGAAAGCACCUUGAAAUUUGCACCCUUUUUCUUAAGGUAUUUUUAAAUGCAGUGUUUUUAUCUAAUAAUUUAAGCAUAUGCAACACUUUGGUUUUAACGGAUGCUUUGUUCUCUUGGAAUGGCGUUUCUCUUAAGACUUUUUUUUCCGAUUCCUUUCCCUUUUUUUUUUUUAAUUUUUUUUUUAAUUUUAUUUAUUUAUGAUAGGCACACAGUGAAAGAAAGAGAGAGGCAGAGACAUAGGCAGAGGGAGAAGCAGGCUCCAUGCACCAGGAGCCCGACGUGGGAUUCGAUCCCGGGUCUCCAGGAUCGCGCCCUGGGCCAAAGGCAGGCACCAAACCACUGCACCACCCAGGGAUCCCUCCUUUCCCUUUUUUUUUUUUUUUUUGUUUUGUUUUUGUUUUUUUUUUUUAUUUAUGAUAGUCACAGAGAGAGAGAGGCAGAGACACAGGCAGAGGGAGAAGCAGGCUCCAUGCACCGGGAGCCCAAUGUGGGAUUCGAUCCCGGGCCUCCAGGAUCGCGCCCUGGGCCAAAGGCAGGCGCCAAACCGCUGCGCCACCCAGGGAUCCCCCUCCUUUCCCUUUUAAAGUGGACUUUUGCUGUUUGCCCACCUGGAGAGGGGGCAACCAGCCCCAUCUGAUUUCUCUAAGUGGAUGUGUGACCUCUGACCAGCCAGUGUCUGUCACAACUGGGUUAAAAGUGUCAGCAUCAAGAAUCAGGUUCAUGACAGAUGGCCACCAUGGCAGGCCAUGCUAGGCACAUUGCACUAAUUAAAAAGCGUGAGCAUU